CUGAUAUUUACUACAACAAUUUGUUUUGUGAAUUGUGAUGUUUAGUAAUUAGCUGCAGGUAUUUUCAAUAAUUAGAAAUAAAAACCCAACACUGAAAUGAACUUUGGAGCCAUUAAAAUAAGCAUAAAUAAAAACGAAUCGCAUAACUUCUGAAUUUUUUAGAAUUCGUGAUUUUCGAAUUAAAUUCUGAUGGCUAAUAAAUAGGAUUUAAAAUACGAUGAUUCCAUUAUCAUCACAUAUAUUGAAACUACCGGUGUAAUUUUUGAAAGUUUGAAACAAGUGGAGUUUUUUCAUUAAAAUUAAUAAUGUCAAACCAGUUCAUUUCUCCUGGUGGAAAACUGAAAAGAUUUUCUAUUGAUGAUGCAUUUGAGGAAGAGACUGACGAAGCCAUCAAAGUUUAUGGGUCAACGAUACCAAGAUCCCCAUUAUCAAAUUCCAGUAUAGCAAGUCAAGGCGAAUUGAAUUGUGUUAGAGUUGAUAAUGGAAGGGGAUACAAACUCGCAAGAGACACAUCUAGAGACAGUGAUUCUUUGAUACAAGACUACUAUGAGUGUUCUAGUCAGGACUACUGGGGUAGUUCUUGCUUUAACCAUCCAAAAGUAAGAGAAAACUGGAGGAUGGUCUUAGCAGCUGCAACCCUAUUGAUAAUUGGAAUUGGCCUGCUAGCAACAGCAAUUGCAACCUUUAUAACUCCACAGUCAAGCUUACAGGGAGCUGUCUUCCUUCUAGCUGGGCUAAUUUGUUUCAUACCAGGAGCUUACCAUGUAGUCUAUAUCUAUCUAGCAGCUAAGGGAAAAAGAGGUUACCAUUUUCACAAUUUACCUCUCUUUACUUGAAUUUUUCUACUUUUGAUUUUAACCAAAGUUGUAUAUAUCAAUGUUUUAAUCUAUCUUUGAAAAUAUUUUGUGUUCAAUUCACACGUUGUUUGUUCAGGCUGACCUAAAAAGGUUUUUUUUUAUAUUCAUGUGAAAUAACUGUUGAGUUGAGUCAUUGAAAAUUUAAUUAAAACCACUUAGUUUUUAUCCUAAUAUGUAUUUAACUCACUUCAUGAUAUUCUGUUUAACCUGAACAGACAGGAUAGGAUUAGAAUAUAGAUAAUCAAUCUUUCAAGUGUUUGCAAUGCUGCUAUAUUGUGGUCAUUUAUAAAGGUAAAAGAAAUAUUUCUCAAGCCACAAUUAGAUUGUACAUAUUAAUAUUCAAAAUAUUAUCUGAUCAAAAAUUGAAUAUACCGAACAAUGUUCAUUAUUUUUUUAUUUGGGAGAUAUUUUGUAAUGAAGUUCGUGAAUGUGAAUUUACCCUUUGUUCUCAAAUUAAAGGGUAUAUCUAUUAAUUAGGACUUUGUGAAUUUUUUAGAUGAGUCGAACAGCGAAUACAAUUUCAUCAAUUUUGAAAGAUAAAUUUCAUUUCAUGUUUUUCUUCUAGGUUGUAAACUUUAAAUGAAAUUUAUGAAUUAUAAAAUUAAAAAUUCAAUCUUAGUCCUGAUAAACAUUUGAAUAAGAUCCUAAAAUUGGAAUAUGUGAGAUUAAAAAAAGUGUCUGGAGUCUGAUUUUUGUGAUAAUUAUUUAGGAUAAAAAUUAUUUAGAAAUCCUGAGAUUGUAUUGAUAUUAUAUUUAUGUGCCACUUUUGAUUUAAAAAUUUAAUUCACUUAUAUUAAGUUUUUUUACUUGAAUUGCUUAACCCUAUUUGAUAAUGAAUUUAUUUAUGGUGUAUUUUGUCAUGUUUUCGAUAAUUAUUUAAUUUGUUUAUGUGUCUUGAAUAAUACAUAUAUUCGAAUUUUUA